AUGGAUAGUGGAAAAACUUUUGAUUCCAUUCCUAAUGAUCUCUUUCUCGAGAUAUUAUCGAGAUUGUCUCGAAAGUCAAUCGAUAGGUGUCGUUGCGUUUCAAAGCUAUAGGCGUCCAUACUGUUUUGUCAAGAUUUCACCGAGUUGUUCUUGACUAAGUCCUCCGCUCAUCCACGUCUCUUGUUUGCGGUCAACAAAGCAGAUGAUCAGUGGCUCUUCUACUCCGUGCCUCAGUGUCAGAAUCCGUCACUUGAAGUAGAUUUUCAUAUGAAGUUCUAUGCAGGCAUAGACCACCAAUACCUGUGUAGCUAUGCCUCUGGGUUUGAUCCUAUUCGCAAGCAACAUAAGGUUUUGUUCAUGAACAAUAUAGUCAAUGAUGAAUGGGUUCAUCAUAUUCUGACAUUCGGAACUGAAAAAUUGAUGUGGUGGAAGAUCCAAUGUACCUUAAACCAUGAACCUUUUGGGAAAGAGAUAUGCAUCAAUGGGGUUUUGUAUUACUCUGCUAGGACAGAUCAUGCAAAUCUUCUGAUAGUUUGUUUUGAUGUGAGGUCUGAGAAAUUCAAUUUUAUUGAUGCAUCAUACUUCUUUUAUACAUAUACAAAAUUGAUAAACUAUAAAGGUAAAUUAGGUGUGACUAAUCUGGAGUAUGGUGGUUUAUUUUCCAUUGAGUUGUGUGUUUGGGUUCUAGAGGAUGUUGAGAAACAGGAAUGGUCGAAACAUGUCUACUCUUUAACGGAGACGGUUGUCUUGCAGUGUGACUACAAUAUUUGCGUUGCUGGGAUGACUGCUACAGGUGAAAUUGUUUUGUCCCAGUACAAUACAUCUACAUCGAAACCGUUUUAUGUUUUCUACUUCAAUCCCGAUAGAAACACAAUCCAAAGUGUGUUAAAAUCCAAGGUUUUGGAGAUUACCUUAAUCGUAGAGUUUAUGCCUUUGUAG